ACACCCCAUUCUGAGUGUCUCUCUGGUUUUGUUUGCUAUUUUUAUGGUGGAAUAAUAAUGAACUUACUACAGAAUUUACUUUAUCAUAAGUUUGACUUGCUAUAUUGUAGCCAAAGUUAUAAGAAUUAAAAAAAAUAGAUUCUUUGAAGUAGAUACAAGGGAAGCACUAAAAUUUAGAGAAUUUCUUCUGGCUACUAACAGAAUUCAAGGUUGGAAAACUUUCACAGGUAUUUUUGUUGUCUCUUUGGAAAUUCAGUCUUUAGUUUAUGAUAUAGAAGUAUUUUGAAAGAGAAAGAAAAGGAAUGUUCACAAAGUCCUGAAUAUUUUGCUAAUUCAUGGGGGUUUUUUCUCUGUAGGAGAAAUGUAUGCAGGAGGAAGAGUAAUAUUGUCUUACUAAUCAGAGGUGCAAUUCGCAAAACAAAACUGCUCUUUGGAACAUCUGGGAAAUGAAAGACACUUUGUAUACUACAAAGUAUACAAAUUAACAUUUCUUUGGUUUCAAGUAUUUAGUGUCAGCCUCUCAUGCCCUUCACCUAUGGUAUUUAAACAUCUCCAUUAUAUUUUUAGACUCAUAAACCAAUGUAUAUAAGAUGCAUGUGUGUAUUUAUACACAACUUCUUACAAACAUUCAUCUUACAGCCUUGUAUACUGCUGCUUUCAGCAGAUUGGAAUGGAUGCAUUAGCCACAGGUAAACACCUUUCUCAGCAACAACCUCGCCUUCCCUUCUUUUUAAGUGGCAAAAUGUGGCUUUUAUAGUUGAUUACUUGCAGGUCUGCUGGAAAUAAGCAAAUUGUUGCUCUGUUAGAACUUUCAGCCUUGUCUCCAAUUCCCCUGUUUCACAGCUUCCUAAAAAAAACUUGGCACAAGUUUCUAAAUAAUGUCACUGCGUUUUAUUGUCUGCACAAACCCAUCUUGCAGCUUGUUCAGAUAAAACUGGAGUAGUUCUGUUCUCUGUGUAGGGUCAUAAGGUUAUUCAAGAAGUGGUUGCUCCUUGAACUUUUUUUUUCUAUUAAGUAACAGUAGGCCAAGAAAAUGGAAAUUUCUACAAAACUGGGUAGAUAUGGGUUUUCUCAUUUAAUAGGAAGUCUAGUACUCCUGCAGAUGACACUAGAGUAAUUGUAGGGGGUCAUAUUGAAAGUCAGUGUAACCCAGUAUUGUAUCUCCAGCAGAAGCCCAAAGUGGACGCUUGGGGAGGAACAUAAGAAUGAGGCAUGUAAUGAUUUUUCCUUUGUGUAGCAUGGAUUUGGAGGCUCAAAAAGCACUCAAACUUUUUGGAAAACAAUUGUACUUUAUAGGUACUUUGAGACCAGAGUCCAUUCUCUACCAGCCCAAAUAACAGAACAUAUUUGGUAAAUGCCAAAGAUAUUUUCUCAGGAAAACAAGUUCAUUAUUUUUUUAUUAUUUUCUUUAGGAGUUGUUAAGGAAUGCCAUCUAUUUGCAUUUUUCUUUUUAAAUAGUUAAUAUUCUAAAUUGGGAAGAGUAACAUCAGUAGUUUAAAGAGAACCGCCAUUUGUUCGAUGAAUUUCCCAGAUCCUUAACAUGAAGAGGAAGGUGGGUCAAGAUGGGUCGUGUCAGGAAACAGACAAAAUAAGCUGCUUUCUAUUUCAGGAAGUUCUGGAAGAGAUGCGAGAGCUGCGGGAAACAUCUAACUGAUACUCUGAAGAAACAGCAGACUUUUGUUGGCUUCCUCAGUUGUGCUUAAUUUGCACCACUGGCAAAAACUCUGAUUCUGUUUUAAAUGAUUCUCUGAGCCUGUCUUCUAUUAAUGCAGUUAUUGUCUCUGUCUACUGUUAGCCAAAUUUGAGGGUAGUCUUUGAAGCAUGAGGAAAGUGAUGUGCUGGAGGAGGUGUCUGAACUUCUCAUCCUUUAUGGAAAGAAUAUAUUGUGUUACAAGUGUCAUUAGCUCUUUCAAGAGAUCUGUCUGGGAUAAUACUUUUGUCUUGAUCUGCUUUAUGAAUUAGAAAAGGUACUUGGUUAAGAAUUGUACUUUCAGUUUUCUCUUUCUGGAAGCAAAGGCAAGAGAAAACUAUUCAUGAUUCUCAUUCUGGACUCAAAUUCACACCUAACUUGUCCUCUCAUCAAUCUGCAAAAAUCACAGGCUUGAAAUAAAAGAUGCUUGGUAUAAAUAAAGCUUAUAACACAUAUAAAAAUAGGAGAAAAGAGUUCAAUCUAGUUUAAGUAAUGAUAAAAUAAGUGUCUGCAGAGGUUUAACAAGGCAGUCAUACACAAGCAGAGAUCAUCAAUUCUUGGCAAAAAUAUUCAGAGGAUCAGUCUUAACUUCAAGACACUUCCUAGACACAGAUAACCUCCAGAACAUGUCCAGAUUUGGCAAUUUUACUGAAGUACUCAGAUAACGUAAUACAUCUUUAAACAUUUCCUUUUGUCUAUCUGUGAUAUAAAGCAGCUCCCACCCACUUGACGUUAUAGACUAAGUGAUUCAGAUCUAUUGGCUCUUGGUUGUGGAAAAAUCUGCCUGGAGGUCAGUCGUGGUUCAUGCCACAAGCAGCCAUCCUUUUUUUGCUCUGCUUAACUUCAGCUGGCAUUUUUAAAUGGGCACAUGUAUCCUUACUUUCAGCUGUGUUUGAUUAAAGGUCUGCAUGGAGUGUUAUGCCAAGUGUAAGGACCUCUGUGUGGAGCCUGUCUGUGAAAGUUAACUGGCCCCUGCUGUGUCCGAGCACAAAGUAAAGGAGGUGACUGCGAUUCAAAGGCCAGAACUGAGAGAGAGCCUAGAGGAGGCCAUUGCUGCCACUCUGGUGGUAUCGCUGUAUGAGCACCUCAGCAAAUUGAUCCGGCCCAGAAACUGCUUUAGUAGUCUCGGAGAAGUUCUGCUGUGUCCCUGAAUGUCUUCUCUGAAACUGGAGGAGGCUUCUACCUGCCCCCCAUUUCCUGUACACAGCAAUCAGACUUUAGUAAUUGGGACUUUUUUGAUUUACAAACCCACAUGAGACUUUUUGGAUUCUUUAUGCAUGAAGCAAAAUGUAUCUGGGGAUGAAUAAUGUUCCUUCUUUUUUUCUUUUCACUGAAUAGUUUGGGGGCUGGGGGUUUUGAUUCCUUAGGUAUUUUGAGAGAAAUGCAUUUUUCCUUUUGACAACUCUCAGAAAUAUGCUCCUUUAAGAACCUCCUACAUGAUCACGUGGAGAGCCCCAACAGAAUGACCAGCAGUCACACAGACUGUCAUUACUGCCUGCAGUCUCUUCGUGGAAGGAAAUAUGCACUGAGAGAUGAAAACGCUUAUUGUGUUGCAUGUUAUGACAGCCUGUAUGCCAACCCCUGUGAAGAGUGCAAGCAACCUAUUGAGUGUAAUUCCAAGGAUCUGGCCUACAAAGGCCGCCACUGGCAUGAGAGGUGCUUCAAGUGUGCCAAGUGCAGUCGCUCGCUGGUGGAGAAACCGUUUGCUGCCAAGGACGAGGUCUUGCUGUGUACAGAAUGCUACUCUGAUGAGUAUUCGUCUAAGUGUUUCCACUGCCAGAAGACUAUUAUGCCUGGUUCCCGUAAAAUGGAAUUUAAGGGGAGUUCCUGGCAUGAAUCCUGUUUCGUUUGCCGGUAUUGUCAGCAACCAUUGGGAACAAAACCAUUAAUCACCAAAGACAAUGAGAAUUACUGUGUACCCUGCUUUGAGAAGCAAUUUGCUCACCAUUGUUACUCUUGCAAAAAGGUAAUAACUUCUGGAGGCGUGACCUGCCAUGACCAGCCUUGGCAUAAAGAAUGUUUUGUUUGUGCUGGGUGUAAAACCCAGCUGUAUGGACAAAGGUUUAUUUCCAAAGAUGAGUACCCAUACUGUGUAGACUGUUUCAGCAGAUUGUAUGCUAAGAAGUGUGCUGCUUGCAAGAAACCUGUUACAGCUCUCGGAAGUGCCAAAUAUAUCUCGUUUGAAGAGCGUCAGUGGCAUGGGGAAUGCUUUAACUGUGCAAAAUGCUCUGUCUCACUGGUGAGCAGGGAAUUCCUCACUCGGCAGGAUGACAUCCUUUGCCAUGAAUGUGCCUCUGCUUCGUAGUUCUGUGGAAAGCUGUACAGCUGCAUUAUUCUCACUCUGUAACAACACAGUUCAUUACUCUACUGUAAGAAAACCACAUAAAAGUUGUAACAGUUAUUUAGUCAUUCAAGUAACUUUCCCUCAGCAGUUUAAUUCUAUCAUAUCCAUAACUGCUUAUAAAAAAAUUUAAACAGCCCCAUAUUGGUUAAGAAAAUUAUGCAGAAAAGAUUCACAUAUAUUUUAAAUCUAACUAGAGUAUGUUUUCCUUGUAACACACUGCACUCUGCUGUUAGAAGCUUAAAAAUUUACCUUUCAUCUCCCAUGAAACCAAGGAGGAUUGUGAAAAGUCUGUAUGGUAUAUGAAUAUUGAUGAGGCAUUAACAUUGUUUUAUGGAUGCAGACCUGGGCGUGGAGAACUAGGCAUGUACAUUUUUCUAUUGGAUCAUAAAAUCGAUGAGAACAACUCAUAAAUAUUAUAUUCGUCCACACUUUAGGCCAAGAAGAUGCUGACAAAGCAGGCAGAAACUGUGAGGAGGAGGUGCUUCCCCACAGAGGGCCACUGAGUCAGAGAUGCUCCUUCCAGGGCUAGAUAAAGGGGAAAAAAGGUCACUUUCCUCCUCUUACUGGGAUUGUGAUUGCUCCUCAAAAACAUAGUCUUCAGGCAUCCAAAACACGACAACACAGGUCCUUUCCCAAAAUUGGGUAACUGUGCUUAAUUUUUCAGACAUAGUUGCUCUAGAACAUAAAUAAACUCGUAUUUUGA